ACUGGCCGCCACAGCCAAAAACGUAAAUACAACCAUGUCCCUGACGCCUGAAACAGUGACGGGAAUACCUGCGAUUUCCAGAACUCAUACAAUGCCAAGGAGUACACCUGCAACAACACAGACCAACGUGAUCAUCACAACCUUCAACCAAACCAGAUCCACAAGUCCUGAUGGAGCAUCCCAAAGUCCAGCAACAUCUACAGCAACAAUGGUGCAGACCACCACACAAUCCUCAACCGCAGAAAACAGACCCCUGACUACAGCCACUCCAGACACGAGCCUGUCCACACUUGGAAAAAGCACGAGCAUGGCCACGUCCAGCAACAUCUACAGCAACGACGGUGCCAAGCACCGUGCAAUCCUCAACCGUGGAAAACAGACCCUUGACUACACCUACUCCAGACACGAGCCUGUCCACACUUGGAAGAAGCACAAGCGUGACCACGGCAAAUCAAAACGCAACCAAAUCCUCAACCAGUCCAGCAACAUCUACAGCAACAAUGGUGCCGACCACCACACGAUCCUCAACCGCAGCAAACAGACCCCUGACUACAGCCACCCCAGACACGAGCCUGUCCACACUUGGAAAAAGCACAAGCUUGACCACGGCAACUCAAAACGCAACCAAAUCCUCAACCAGCCCAAUCCCGAACACUGCAAUGGCCUCCACAGCCCAAAACACAUGAGCCUGUCCACUCUUGGUAGAAGCACAAGCGUGACCACGGCAACUCAAACCACAACCAAAUCCACAACCAGCGCAAUCCCGAGCGCUGCAAUGACAACGGCAAGCACGGCAAUGGUUGCCACACCCCAAAACACGUAUACAACCAUUUCCCAAACUUCCGAAACACUGCCAAGCACACCUGUGGUUACUGCGAGUCCAGACCCUCAAAACACAACCAUGUCCAGAACCAACACAACAACCGCAUUUACUAAAACCGUGACUCUGCAAGCCGGGCCUCGGUUUCUGGCCCAUAUGAAGAUGAAGUUAAAAGUGGUUGAUGGGAUUAGCAAUGAUGACAUCAUUGAAUUUAUUGAAGCGCUUUUCAGAGAGCAGCUUCUGAGGGGAGCAUCUUACACCAUCAACGUCACUCAAUUUCAAAAAAGGGCCCAUUAAAGCUUUGCUACUACUGCUGGAUUGAUAGUCAAGAAUCCAUACAAGUUAUGGCAAAACAAAGCAUAAUGAUUAUUUGCGCGGGUCUGUGUGAAUAAAAUUGUUAGGGUUGAGAAAUUAUUUUGAUUGUAUGAUUAUGUUGGAAUGUUGACUAGAAUAAUUAACUUUGUUAAAACCUUCCACCUUACCUUGACUCGUUGAAACUUUCCACAUUCCCUGCAGUUGUUGAAACUUUCCAAAUGAUGUGGAAACAUUCUUGCUUAACCAGUUUGCAGAUCUAACUCCCAAAACAUGUUCACUCUCACCCCCACCCUGCUUUCUCUCAAUAAAUAGUCUCUUGCAAGAGGCAAAAGUUAGACUGC